AUGCUGACCCACAAGUGGUAUCCUUGUCGAACGAAGGUGGUGGAUCCAGAGUUGGAUCGUGAUGGCUCUCAAGGCAAAGAUAAACGAGGUUUCACCAUCCUUCGCAUAAUCGGGAAAAACUUUCUAGCGAGAGUUCUGAAUGUUGAUGCACUGAAGAAAUACUUAGAGGGUGAGAUUUUCCCAAGUUUAGGCGAAAACCCAUUUUCAGUGGUUUAUGUCAACACCGGUGGGAGCAGAAGCGACAACUUCCCAGGCAUUUCAGCUUUGAGAUCAAUCUAUGAAGCAAUUCCAGUUAAAAUUAGUGAGAAUCUGGACUCAAUUUAUUUCCUCCAUUCUGUAUUUCAAUCUCGCCUCUUCCUCGUGACGUUUGGCCAUCUCAUCUUCCCUGAACUGGAGGGUGGUAUUGGAAGGUGA